AUGGAAAUUGGUCCUAAAAAAGAGGUUCAAGUGGUUAUAGAUAAUGCAUCAAAUAAUAUUACACCAGGGAGAAAAUUGGAAGCAAAUUUUCCUCAUCUAUACUGGACUCCAUAUGCAGCUUAUUAUAUAGAUUUGAUGUUAGAGGAUAUUUUAAAGAUCCAUGUUUUCAAAGAAACAUUCCGUAAAGAUGUUGAGCUUACUAGUUUCAUAUAUGGCUCUUCAGGAGUUCUAAAUGUAUUGCAGAAGUUUACUAAUGGAGUAGAAUUGCUAAGGCCAGGGCAAACUAGAUUUGUUAUUGCUUUUAUUACACUGGGAAGGAUUCAUUUUGAGAAUGCCAACAUUAGAAAAAUGUUUACUUCAGAAAGCUGGACAAGUAGCAAAUGGGCUAAAAGGUGA